GCGCGCAAACUCACUCCGAGCCUGCAUACCCCCAUCGAUACAUGCACAGUCUCGCGAAAGGAAGACGGCGAGGGGAGGGAGCGCGCCGCCGCCGCCGCCGCCGCUGGCUCCUUCUCUCUCGCUUUCGCUCGUUGCUGCUGGCAGUGCGGCUUUAGGGGGCGGCGAGGGCGGCUGGCUUUCUCUCUCGUUUCGACGCGAGGAGAAAGAGCGAGGCUCGAGCACCCUUGGCGACAGCCGCCGCCGGCUCGCGCUUGCUGCAACUUGCGAACCUCCGCUCCCCGCUCGACACUGCAGUGCGCGCACCUACACCCGUGCGCCUUGCACGCGGACUUUCGACUCGCGGAUUCGCCGAAUGAGAACGGCUCGCGCGCCGAGCGAGUCCUCCCUCGAGCGAGCCAGGCAGAAGGAAAGGAGCGACAUGAAGGCCUCCAGCAGCAGUGUGGAACGCCCGGAAGCGCUGGAAAGGGGCCGUAACUUUCGCCUGCUCGCCGCUGACGAAUUGCCUCAAAUCCUGGACUUCCUCGCCACUUACCUGCCCGAGUCUCUCAAAUUUCACCAGACCCUCCUGACCUACAUCCGCAACAAGGUGUGGGAGUUCCACUUCUACGUAGCCAAUGACUGGCCAGAUGUUCCUGUGUGCCUCCAUUUUCCCGGGAUGACGCUCUCGUGCCACGGUUUGCUGUACGAGAGCGUGGGGGUAUUCUGUCCGAACUCGCGGCUCGAGUGCCUGGCGUCGCUGCGCGACGAGGAUGUGCUGCUGAACUGGGACAAGCCGCUGUACAUAAACUUCGUGCACUCGGACAUCGCCGAGGAGCUGAUGCGCCAGUACGCGGACCGCGGUAGCGUCGAGCGGGUACUCGGCGACGUCUGGGCUUGCGACGAGCCCGAGAAAACCGAGCAACUGCCCGACGACGAGAUGACCGGCGACGUUGACGUUCAGGUCAGUUCUUUUGAUGAGAACGACACGUGCGUUACAGUACUGCCAUUGAGAGCCGAGCACGCGGAAGGUAUCCACGAGCUGUAUCCGGCCAACGAUAUGGAGUGCCACGAGCUGUUUCAACGCCUUAUAAAAAGCCUGUCGGCCGCGGGGGUGUUCGCCAACGGCAGCCUCGCUGCGUGGAUGGUCCAGUCCUACUACGGCGCCAUGUUCUCCAUGCAGACCAAGCCCGAGUUCCGGCGAAAGGGCUACGGCACCAAAUUGGCCAGGUUCUUAACGAAGCGAGUGGCGGAGAAUGGUUACAAGCCGUUCGUAGUGAUAAGGCCAGAGAACGAGGCGAGCCAGAGCCUGUACAAGAAGCUGGGCUUCAGGAAGCUCUACACAAUCGUGCGCAUGACCUUCGUACCUUACACGUGGCGAGAGCCACAGCCCGGCACGAUACUCCGGGAGAAUUUGGCCGACGCCGUCAGGCAGCAGCUCAGCAUCGGCGAUCAAACUAGCAACGGAGACGACGACGACGACGACGAGGACGAGGACGAAGACGAUGACGAGGAGGAGGAAGAGGAGGAGGAGGAGGAGGAGGAGGAUGAGGAGGAGGAUGACGACGACGACGACGACGACGACGAUGACGACGACAUGCAGUCGUUUACGAGGCUCGACGAACAACUCGAGCCCAUAGUCGAGCGUCCCGAAGAGGAAGCUGGUGCUGGCAUCAAGUUCAACAACGACGAGCUUAGUUUGCAGGUAGCUCCUCCGCUCGGCAACGGCAACUAGCUCACCACAGCGACACAUGGACUGUGAUCCGAUAAAGGCUCUCGCUUUCGCUGAUCGUUCUUCUGUUCCGACCUCUCCUUGCAUUUCCAUUGAUCGUUCGGUCGAAUCUUCAGGACUCACUUGUUGUUGUUGCGGAUGCUGUGCGCGUGUGUCAGUUUGAAAUUCACAGGUCGCGAGCGAGAGAGCGAGCUUGACUUUCUACGUGUGUGUCUGUGUGUAUGUACAUACACACACAUAUAUCGUAUACUACGUGUGUUUGGUGCGCUAGAAUUUUCAACCAAAAUGAGAAAACUGCGGUUUUGUAACGAAUUUAAAUCCUUCAAUUUGACGCUCGACAUUUUUUUUUAUCGCAUUCCAAAAAUCCCAACGUAACAUAAGAAAUAACCAAAAAGUUAUAUAUGCCGCGACGGAUCUAUUCGCUUGUACUCCGCUUGUUCAUAUCUGUUAGCACACCUUCACGACUUUACUAUUCCAAAGGCUUGGGGAAGGUGUCUGUUCGCUCGCUUCCUUCGACAUAGUACAAUGAAUCUAAGACGAAAUUGCUCCUCCGGCCGGGCAAUUUCUUUCAAUUUUGCCAUCGCUUACACGACAAUUCUCACUGAAAUGCUACAAGUACUCGACACCUUAAAACACUCGUUGUACUAUGUCCAGCCUCUACUUCUGGGCUGUGUGAUAAUCUGUUAUGCUGGCUAAUCGUUUAUUGGUGAUCUUGCUGAAGCGCGUCACUAAAGUACAAAAGUAUUAAUUUUCCUUCGGUAAUCAUGAGAAACCUCGUGUGAAUGUUACUUUGCUUCGAAUCCAAUGAUUACAAACAGCUCGAGCGACAGAUACGUAACACAGCUGCAGAAUGCGAUAAUCUUCCAUAAAAUAAUGUAUUUUGAGCGGUGAAAGGAAACGGCGCGUAUAGGUUUAUCGUUAAAAUAUAGAAACGGUGGACAGCGGAAAUGGAAAAAAAAAGAUAUUUUAACAUAACGACAUAACGAAGUUAAUUAGAGAGCGUCGACGAAAAAAAAAAAUAAUAAUAAGAGUUCGCGCGAGGUUUACGAAACUCUGCGAGCAGAGCAACGUUCGGCUAAUAGUCGGCCAAACCUUCCUGCGCGCUUUCUCAUAUCAUAUUAUCUCAGUGUGUUGGGAUCUGCGAUCGUUUUUGAUCUGUUAAUAAAAAAAUGUCCCACUUAAUGGGUAUACGAGAGCGCGGGGCCAUAGAUUUAGACUCUUUAUUGAAAAAACUUUAUACCGAAAGUGCUGAUGAUCUCAAUCAAUGACUCUGUCACGUGUCAUUUUCUUCUUUUUUAUCAGUAUUUCUGUAGUUUUAGAACUUUUUUAAUCGGUGAUUCUUUUGUUUCGACACACUCUAUUCCGUUAAGUUGAAACGUUCUUUGAGAAAUUAGGUCUUUCAGCGGAGAGAGUCGAAAUAAAAGUUUCUUUCAUUUAUCAAGUAUGACGGUCGAUGCUACAUAAUCAAUCUUGUAUUUUGAAGGAAGAAAGUACAUAAAGCUAAAAUUUACGAAACAAAUCUCUAUCGAUUAACAACUCUCCGUUUUUAUCUUCCAAGUAGAAUGGAAACAACGUAAACAUUAGAAGAAAAAAAGUUGAAGACGAGGUAUUUCUUCGUCGACGGAACGUCUGACUAGAACCAAGUCAAAAUAUCCAAAUCCAAGUGUCCUAGAUAAAUUUUCCUAAAGUAAUGUUGUUACGUAGCUGAGCGAAGACUUGUGCGACGAAGCAAAUCUGUGAUUAUUAUUUCUCUGCAUAUUUAAUGUACGUAGAGGAUACAUAGAGGGAACAAACCUCGCGCGAACUCGUUAAGCUCAUUUUUGUAUAUGUAAUUACAAUGAUACAUUAAUACUGCUACGCCGAUAGUGUUGAUACCAAGAUAAUGUUGAUUCAACGUGAGUUUGUUUGUCGUGGUGUUACAGAGUAAUGUAGAAAUUAUUAGAAAAUGGAUAGAGAAAAUAACUAUAAAUUAAUCUGCUGUAUUGUCCGAAAGAUUUUUUUUGUAAAAUUAGUUUUUUUAUAGGUACGAUUCGUCGGCGUAGCAGCUAUAGCACACAAACUAUGUAACGAUUAAUUAGACUAGAAUAUUAAAGCGGGUAGCGUUAAAAACGAUUACAGCAUUCUAUUCACGUAAACUUAAGAAAGACAUUAUCUUAACAUACACCGCGCAAAACAAAAAUCACUUAUUCCAUUUUGAUAACUCGCACAUUCGUUAAUCAGUUCGAUGAACUAGAGCUUUUUUUUUAAAUACGUAAACAAAUGAAUUUAUGAGAAUUUAGUAAUCGAAUAUUAUACUCGAUGGAAUUUGCAUAAAUAGCGUUAAAUAUAAAUUUGGCGUAAGUUAUCGAACUGAAAUAAGUGAGUUAAAAAGAAGAAAAAAACUAGAAAAUAAAAAAAAACUUGACGAAGGCCUCUAGAAAAUCUCCCCGACAUAUUAUUUUCAAUACUCGAAAUUUCUGGAUGCCAGCUGUGAUAAUUCACCAAUACCGUUUAUUUACGCUAUAAAAAAGCAACGUACCAAUUUCUAAUCUAGAUAUUCCGAGAUAAAGGUUAAAGAGCGUGAUACAUUGAGAGAUUAAAAAAGCAGAACAAGAGUGAGAUUAAUAAAGAAGCAAAUUUUCGUGGAGGCGACUCUAAUAAUUAAUGUAAAUAGACGCCUCCGAGUAUUUUGUCAAUGAUUAUUAUAGACUUUUGAUUCGAAAUUGCGCCGUCUUAAUGAAUACACACGCAAGUCCUCUGCGUAAGCUGCAUUUUUCGAUACCAAUUACGACUAAACGUUACCAGAAUGUAGUUAAGGAUAACAAAAACACAUGGAAUUGCCUUAAAUAUUAACCAUACAUUGACGAUGUUUUUUUUAGAACUAUUUGACUCCUUAGAAAUACGAUGUCUCACGGAUCUUUUUUCCACUUUAUUAUCUUUUUUUCACGGACACGACGUAAUAUUAUUGUUUCUUAUAUUGAGUGAGAUGCCAUGAAUAAUUAUAGUAUUAUAGAUUUUUUACUUUUAGAAAUAGGAAUAAUGUAUUUAUGAUAUAAUCAUUUACAACAGGUAAUCGCAUCUAAUUUCUUUACAAACAAUUUUGUGACUAAUUACAAUCGAAAAUUUUUAUUGCUCUUAAAAUUAUAUAUAAUUAUUGUUCUGUUAAUUCAAAGUAGAAUCAAAAUUCUGGUACGUUUGUCAAUGAUUUAAGGUUCCUGGACUUAACAGAAUUGUUUUUAAACAUGUAUUAGAUGUGCUAACCCAAGUGUGUUCUGUCCAUCUAUAUUGAUUUGUUUAUCAUUUUUGAUAAUUUAUAAUCAUGUAUAACAGAAAUUGAAAAAAUAAAAUUUACGAAAACGAUGUAAAGAUCCCUGCUUAACAUACUUUCAGUAAUUGUAAUACUAUUUUUAUCGAUCAAUCCUGAUACAAUUAUUUAUUAAAACACUGAUCGUACAGAAACUUGUUAAAUAGUUACAAAUUUCAAAUUAAAAAUUUAUUACCUAAGAAUAAACUUGUGCUAUUGCUUUACAUAUUUUUUUGUUAACAUAACGACUUUUUAGUCAUGAAAUAUUCAAAUUUAGGCAAAUUAUACAGAUUUCUUACCAAUUGCUUCCAUGGUUUGAAAAAAUUUUUCCAAUAACUAUUACUUAUUAUUCGCACACAAAGUUAUUCAAUGUGGACGAAAAAAUAUGCAGAUGCAAUAAAAAAAUCAAACGUUCAUGCAUUUGAAAAAUGAAAAAAUAAUUUUCAUUCUUGCAUUCUUAUCAAAUAAUGUAUUACUAAAUAAAUUAAAAAAAUAGAACUAAGUGUUGUUCCAUCUGAUUUAAAACUAUUUUGGAAUGUUUAUAUUACAUUUACUUUAUUCUAUAAUUAAUCUUUGAAUUGAACUUUGUUUUGGCGUGUAUGAAAAGAUAAAUGAUAUUUUUUUUUAAAUUGAUUGUUCUAAAAUAAAUCUUAUUACACAACAAUUCAAUAAAAAUAUGACAAAAUGUUUGAAAUAAAUUUAACUAAACAAUAAUGUAUUUUUUUCAAUCUGCAUAAAAAUUAACAAAGUUCUACAACUUUUUACUAAGUAACAUUUCUGGAACAUGAAAAAUACUUGUGGUUUCAAAGAAGACUAUGAAAAACAACAAUGGAAUCAGUUUCUUGUUAAAAAAGGUGAGCUAAUAAUAGUUUGCCAAGUCCAAAGACGCUUAAAAACUUUACUGCUUUUAUAAAAUUAUUGAACUUGUAGGCCUAAAUAUGACAUAUUUUGGACAUACUUGAAUUCACCUUUGCUGAAAAUUAUGAGAACAAUUUUGCGUAGGAUAUCUACAUGUAUAUUUUUCCUGAAAUGAGUCUCUUGCACAUUUGCUAAUCUUAAUAAAAUAUUAAGAAAACUGCUCUUUACAAAAAAAGAAAACCACCACUUGUUACUCGAUUAAUGUUUCACAAUUAGUAAAAGCACUGCACCAAAGAAGUUUUAUGCGAUUGCUACUUCAAGUCCAGCAACUGAAAUUUAAAAAAUUAUCGAUAAUUGUGCCACAGUAUUGAAUUAUACAAGAGAAAGAAAUUUUCAUUUUCUAAUAGAUAGUUCUGUUGGACUAUCUAUGACUAGUUAUUAAAUAAAAAGGCAUCUUGGAUUUGUUACAGUUUGAUUGCCUUAAGGAAUCCAACAAGCCUUUUUGGUCCAUUAAUACAUUGAAUGUAUCAAAUUAUUUUCAAGCGAUAGUAAGUUGAAGAUGUGGAGAAAAGUGUAGAUGUAUAAUGUGAUAAUAAUACUGAAGACAAUGAUGGCAGUCUUAUGUAGUCUGUCAUUCUGAAUGAAUAAAUGUACAAUGAAAAUAUGAAUGUCAUUCGAUGGAAAUAAUUAUGAUUUUUUAAAUGGAAUACUCAAGAAAGAAUAAUAAAUUCAAUUAAA